AUGUCAACCAAACAAAAUACAAGUUCUAACCAAUAUAAUAACAUUGAACAGGAAAAUGAAAACAGUACAUCCCCACAGACAAUAACAAUCACUAAUUUGAUAAAUGGAAAAAAAUAUGAAAUAUCAAAACGUAUAGGAAAAGGUGGUUGGGGUGUGACAUAUUUAUGUUAUGAUUAUAAAAAAAGAGUACGUGCUUUAAAAGUGGAAAAAGAUACAGCACUUGAGUGUGAAAUUGAAAUAUUAAAUGCUGCUAAAAAAAUAAAAUGUAUUCAUUUAGCAAAAAUUUAUGAUUAUGGUAGUUGUCCAGAAUUAGAUGAACCAUUUAUAAUUAUGGAAUGUUUAGGAAAAAGUGUUUCUGAUAUAAAGUCAAAUUUACCAGGAAAAAUGUUUAGUAAAAAUACAGCUUUAAGAAUUUUGAUGCAAUGUUUAAGUGGAUUAAAUGAAUUACAUAUGCUUGGAUAUAUAUCAAGAGAUAUAAAACCAUCUAACUUUUGUGUUGGUAGAAAUUCUAUUGCACCAAAAUCUAUUUACAUUAUUGAUUUUGGUGUUGCAAGAAAUUUUAAAAAUGAUAAUUCAAAGACAAUCAUUAAAGAAUGUUUACCAACUUCAUGGAAAGGUACAGCAAAAUAUUGUUCAUUAGCUAAUCAUAUGUAUCAUAAACAAUGUAGACGUGAUGAUGUUGAAAGUUGGUUUUAUAUGGCUAUUGAAUUAUUAGAGGGAAGAUUACCAUGGAAUGGAGUUAAUAGAAAAUUUAGAUCUACAAUUGAAGAAUAUAAAAAAAUGCUUCGUGAACCUGAUUGUAAUUUUUAUGUUAAAAGUCCAAAAUUUUUAAAAGAUAUACUUAUAAAAAUUGAUUCAUGGAAAUUUUUAGAAGAACCAAAUUAUUCUUUUAUUCAAAAUCUUCUUAUACAAGAAAUAGAUAGAGAAGGUUAUAAAUUUGAUGAUCCAUAUGAUUGGGAAACAAUACCAUUAAAUGAUAUGAAAGAAAUUGUAUCAGAAAUUAUAACUUCAGAAGAAAAUAAUAACAAAAAAUAA